GUGUUUCUGGGAGAGAAAGCAACCAAAGCAAGAGAGAUAAGGCAGGGUAUAAAACGUUAGGCUUAAAAAGGGGACCAGCCCGCCAUUAAUGCUAUUUUUUUCACCUUCCUUCACCUCCCUCUUAACUCUUUUAUUUAUUGCGUCCCUAGUCAAUCUAAAGUUUUGGCCUGGUCAACUUGCUCUCUUUCGCUACUUCUUUGUGUAUGAUUCUCUAUUGGAGUAACAAACGGAGAGGAAGAGAGCUUCAAAACCUUGUCUCUUGAUUUAAUUUCAUGGGGGUUUGCUUGAGCGCCCAAAUUAAAGCUGAGAGCCCAUGUAACACAGGGCUGAGUUCAAAACAUGUUAGCACAGAUGGGAAUGAUCAUAGCACAAGUAGCAAGGUCUCAUCAGUUUCAGUGCCACCAACUCCUAGGAGCGAAGGUGAGAUCUUGCAAUCCUCCAAUCUAAAGAGCUUCAGCUUUUCUGAUCUCAAGAUGGCCACAAGGAAUUUCCGUCCUGAUAGUGUCUUAGGAGAAGGUGGUUUUGGUUCAGUUUUUAAGGGUUGGAUUGAUGAGCAUUCAUUUACUGCUGCCAAGCCUGGAACUGGAUUGGUUGUUGCCGUGAAAAGGCUUAACCAAGAGGGUUUCCAAGGACACAAGGAGUGGUUGGCUGAAGUAAAUUAUCUGGGACAAUUUUGUCAUCCUCAUCUUGUGAAGCUGAUUGGUUAUUGCUUGGAGGAUGAACACAGGCUUUUGGCGUAUGAGUUCAUGCCUCGUGGCAGCUUGGAAAAUCAUUUAUUUAGGAGAGGGUCUUACUUCCAGCCUCUUUCUUGGAAUCUCCGGUUGAAGGUUGCUCUGGGUGCUGCAAAAGGGCUUGCAUUUCUUCAUAGUGCUGAAAAUAAAGUCAUAUAUCGAGACUUCAAGACUUCUAACAUUUUACUUGAUUCGAAAUACAAUGCAAAGCUCUCUGAUUUUGGGUUGGCCAAGGAUGGUCCAACGGGUGAUAAGAGUCAUGUGUCUACCAGGGUUAUGGGUACCUAUGGAUAUGCAGCUCCAGAAUAUCUAGCCACAGGUCAUUUGUCUGCGAAGAGUGAUGUCUAUAGCUUUGGAGUUGUUUUGUUGGAGAUGUUAUCCGGAAGGAGAGCAAUUGAUAAAAAUCGGCCUUCAGGAGAACAUAAUCUUGUGGAAUGGGCUAAACCCUAUCUGGCAAACAAACGAAAGAUUUUUCGUGUUCUAGACAAUCGUCUUGAAGGGCAGUAUUCAAUGGAUGUUGCCUAUAAGGCAGCUACGCUUGCAUUGCGUUGCCUAUCCACAGAACCCAAGUUCCGGCCAAACACGGAUGAGAUUGAGACAUUGUUAGAGCAGCUACAGGAUUCCAAAGAAAAUGGAAGCACUAACACCCCUUCAAGCAAUGCACCCAGGAUUCGUAGGCGAAGUGCAGAUGAUGCUAGUGGUGGAAGGAGUGCAGCUGCUUACCCUCGUCCCUCUGCUUCCCCUCUUUGUGCAUGAAAAUGGAAUGAAGUUGAUGAAAGCUGUGUCUCUUUAUAGCUCAAUACGAUGCAGGCGGGUUAGCAACUAUCUUAGUGAAUCAGGGCAUUCAAGUAUAAUUGUCCAAUGACUAUACAGUUCAUGGUUCCGCAGAUGUAUUUGAAAUCUACCUUCUGCUGACAAAAUUUCCAGGUCAGCCUGUGA